UCAUUUUUGGAACAUCUAGACCAAGAGAUGCAAGUCAAAAAGAUCUCGGGAGAGCAUUGCAAAAAAUCAGUAAAGCAGGACUUGAAGAAAGUUGUAAAAACCCUUCAAGAACAGAAUGUAUUCGAGAAACAGUUAACUGGGGGGAAAAUGUUUGCCUUUCCUGACUGCCCAAGAGACUACCUACAAUUGCUAGAUACAAAAGGCCUAUUCUUGUGGAUCAACGAACAUAAGAAAAAUGUAAAACUUGGCAAAAGGCCCCGAUAA